AUGCCAUCUGCAAGCGUACCUACUGUCGAAGGAAUUAAUAUUUAUCCUAUUAAAUCUUGUCAUUACACCAGUGUGCAAGAAUGUCAAGUUGAUUCAAUGGGCAUUCAGCAUGAUCGCCGUUUUAUGAUUGUAUACGAAGAGAAUAAUCGAUUUGUCACUCAAAGAAAAUUUGCUUCGUUAUCUCUCCUAAGACCUACUGUAAACGAGACCGACAACACACUCACCCUGUCUGCUGAUGGCCAAGAUCCUCUUACCUUGCCUCUUAAGCCAGAUUUGAGCAAACUAACUCAACGCACCGUGCAAUUGUGGAGUGCCAAACUGAAUGUCUAUGAUAUGGGCGAUGAGGCAGGAGCAUGGAUCACCAAGUUUUUGCUCAACCAUCGCAAGCAUGAUCGCCAAAAUAACCACAGUGUGGAUGAUCCCAUUGGAGAGAAUGAUCCUGUUGAUCCGGUGCGUUUAGUGAUAGUGGAUGAUCCAAAGAAUGGCGUUUACAGUCGUCCUGCUCAUCCCAAGUUGAAUGGCAUUCAUUCGGCAUUUUCGGACUGGUCGCCCAUCUCAUUUGGCUUCUCGAGUAGCUUGGAGGAACUGAACAAAGGCUUGCUGGAAACCGGUAUUAGUAAAGGUAAUCAGAUUCCUAUGAAUCGAUUCCGAAACAACAUCACCAUCAGUGGCACAAUUCCAUGGGAAGAAGAUCAGUGGUUGGUUGCCAAAAUCGGAGAAGCCACCGUAUACAUCGUUCAACCCAUUGCACGUUGUACAGUUCCUGGCAUUAAUCAAGAUACGGGAGAGAAGGAUGCCUGGGAUGGCAAAGGUCCUACUGACUAUCUCAAGCUGAGACGUCAAUUUGCUGACGAACCCUCUCAAGGACAGUUUUGUUGCGAUGUCGUGCCUUUGACUUCGGGUAAGAUUCGUGUAGGCGAUAAGAUUCAAGUAUUGGAACGCAUCCCAGAGGAAUACAAGCAAGGCCCAUUGCCACCUGUUGCUUGA